AUGCCAACCCCGAACAUCUCCACCUCUGCAGCCAAAGGCUUCCGCAGGGCGGUGUCGGAGCUGGACUCCAAGCAAGCUGAGGCCAUCAUGUCUCCACGGUUCAUUGGUAGACGUCAAAGCCUCAUUGAAGACGCCAGGAAGGAAAGAGAGGCUGCAGCUGCAGCCACUGAUGCUGCAGAGUUUACAGAGACCAUUGUCUUCGAGGAGAAGGAUGGGAGAGCCAUGCUGAACCUCUUCUUCAUGCUCAAAGGAGCCAAGGCUUCACCGCUGUCCCGUGCACUUAAGGUAUUUGAGACAUUUGAAGCUAAAAUUCACCACCUGGAGACCAGACUUAGCCGAAAGCCCCGUGAAGGGACCGCUGAACUGGAGUACUUUGUGCGCUGUGAAGUCCACAGCUCUGACCUCAAUACUUUCAUUAGCUCCAUCAAGAGGGUAGCAGAAGAUGUGAGGACCACUAAGGAAGACAAAUUUCACUGGUUUCCCAGAAAAAUCUGUGAAUUGGACAAGUGCCACCAUUUGGUCACCAAGUUUGACCCUGACUUGGAUCUGGAUCACCCGGGCUACUCUGACCAAGUAUAUCGCCAGAGAAGGAAAUCGAUAGCAGAAAUUGCUUUUCACUAUAAGCAUGGGGACCCGAUCCCUCAUGUGGAGUACACAGCGGAGGAGAUCGCUACCUGGAAGGAGGUAUACAGCACCCUGAAGAGCCUGUACCCCACCCACGCCUGCAAGGAGUACCUUGAAGCUUUCAAUCUACUUGAGAAAUUCUGCGGCUACAAUGAGAACAACAUCCCUCAGCUGGAGGAGGUCUCCCGCUUCCUGAAAGAGAGGACUGGCUUCCAGCUCCGGCCGGUGGCCGGCUUGCUGUCGGCACGGGACUUCCUCGCCAGCCUGGCCUUCCGCGUCUUCCAGUGCACACAGUACAUCCGCCACGCAUCCUCGCCCAUGCACUCCCCUGAGCCGGAUUGCUGUCAUGAGCUGCUGGGCCAUGUCCCGAUGCUUGCCGACAAGACGUUUGCCCAAUUCUCUCAGGACAUUGGGCUGGCAUCUCUGGGAGCAACUGAUGAAGAAAUUGAGAAACUUGCAACGCUUUACUGGUUUACGGUGGAGUUUGGGCUCUGCAGACAGAACGGAAUAGUCAAAGCCUAUGGAGCUGGGCUCCUGUCUUCCUACGGGGAGCUCAUACACUCCUUGUCAGAUGAACCAGAGGUGCGGGACUUCGACCCCGAUGCCGCUGCUGUUCAGCCCUACCAGGACCAGAACUACCAGCCUGUAUAUUUUGUGUCUGAGAGCUUCAGCGAUGCCAAAAGUAAACUGAGGAGCUACGCGGCACACAUCAAGCGGCCCUUCUCGGUGAAAUAUGAGCCCUACACCCACAGCAUCGAGCUCCUGGACAGCCCUCAGACAAUCAGUCACUCCCUGGAGAGUGUAAGGGAUGAGCUUCAUUCACUGAUUAACGCGCUCAAUGUUAUCAGUUAA